AUGGAUAAUCAUAUCAAUUAUCGAGAUUAUACGAUCCCUGCUAUUGAACAGAGGAUUGAAGAUUUGUUGAAACGAAGAAUGAGUCAGCUUUCUAAAGUACCACUUGAGCUUUCAGCAGAACAAUUGGCUGAGUAUAAAGAAUCAAGAAUAGAAAGACAAAGUUCCCUUCGUUCAACCCAUCGUCAUAUCCUAGAAGUUGUAGCUUUCAUUUUAGAUACUGAUGUUUCUAGUUUGGAAGAUGGUGUUGUUGAUAGAAAUGAAUAUCUUGAAGUGUUUAAUAAUUUUUUAUCUGAAGGUGGAUGUCGAACGAUUAUUAUUCAUUAUCAACCGAUGGAUCCUCCACCCAUCGAAUCAGGAAGAUGGGACUCUAGUAUGAAACAUCAACAGGAGAUCAUACGUUGUUGUGUAACGGAUGGAAAAAUAGAAAAACUCUGUGGUAAAGCUGUGAUAGUUUAUCGACUGCGCACAGAUGUAGAGUUUGAGUUGAAGCAAUUGUUAGAGGAAACGUAUUACGCUUAUCUUGAAGUUGAUGAUCAAUGUAGUGGGACACUUGCAGGAAUUUCUCAACUUAUUUCACGCUUGAAUGAGCCAGCAGUACAAGUAAACACACAAUGGGGUGAUUUGUUGAAGAAUAGAGUUUUAGGGUUAAAAAUAAGGAACAAUUUUAUCAGUGAUUUCAAAGAUUUUUGUAAUUUUCUACAAAUGGCACACAAAGAUCUUUCUAGUAUCUUAAAGUUCGAUGAAUAUCAAGAUGUUUUUGACAAAUAUGUUUCGACAAUGGAGAAUGUGAUGGAAAGUGCAAAAAAUUAUGAUGCUAUUGUAGAGGUAGAAAAUUGUGUUCGAAUGUGGAUAAAGCAAAUAGAGAGGGCUCUUGUUGAAAGCCAACAAUUGCGUCGAGAGAAAGAAGAUGUUGGACCAAGGGCUGAGCUUAUCUACUGGCGCGGAAUUCUCACGCGUUUUUCUCUUAUUGUCAACUACAUAAAACGUCCGGAAACCCAGAUGUUUAUGGCACUUUUAGUCCAAGCCAAAUCCAAGCUCGUUAAAAAAUGGAAAAAGCUAGAUGAUAAAGUUUCAACAGUCGAAAUUCUAGCAAGAGAUAAUGUUAAAUAUUUAGAUUCAAUUGAAAAAUUUACGAGACCUUUAUAUCAACUAGAUCCAACGAAAAUUGGCAGUCAUUUACCAGCUCUCAUGAAUGCAAUUAGAAUGGUUUAUUCAACAUCGCGGUUUUUUAACUCUCAGGAAAUGAUUACUGCUGUAUUUGCCAAGAUCACUAACCAACUUAUUAUCGCUUGCAAAAAUUAUCUCACUGAAAAUGGAACUCUCAACAUCUGGCAAGAAGCAAGAGCUGCUAUCAUUUCAAGAAUGAAAGAUUGUAUUCAAUUAUAUGAACAAUAUUUUAAAUGCUAUAAAGUUAUGAUAAAAAGCAUCGAAGAAUCACCUGAUGAAAAGCCUUUAGAAAUUUCUGAAAUUUAUGUUUUUGCAAAAUUCGAUAAAUUCAAAACACGAUUAGAAAAACUUAUUGAAGUUUUUGAAGCUCAUAUAUCUCAUUGUAUUCUUCAAAGCUCAACAAUACAAGGCAUCGAUCAUUUUACAAAUAAGUUCAUGGGAUACUUUACAAAAAUAGCUACACAAAAUUAUGAUCCUUUGAAUCAUCGACAACCAUAUUUUGAUUCUGAUUAUGAUGAAUUCAAGAAGAACGUGACAGAAACAGAGUUGGAAAUAAGAACUUUCUUCUUCAAAACUGUUUCGCUUACUCCGAAUAUUGAUGAAGCGCUUCGUCUAGUUCUUAGGUUUCAGAAAUUGAAUCUCCAACGGUUAUGGAUCGAUCACAAAUACUUGGAACUUGUGACAAUGUAUCAAACAGAAAUAGAAACAGUGCGAGACAGAUACAACGAAGAUAGAUCUUCUCCACCGUUACCUAGAAAUACCCCACCUGUUGCUGGAAGAAUUCUUUGGAUUAGACAGUUAUAUAAAAGAAUUGAAACGCCAAUGAAUAUAUUCAGACAACGAGAAAAAGUCAUCACUCACGAAAAAAUGCAAAAGUGCAUCAAAAUGUACAAUGCAUUACUCAAAGUUUUCGUUCACUAUGAAGUCAUUUAUCAUAAAGCUUGGUUUGAUUCUGCUGAAGUUGUUCGAUUAGCUUUGACAUCGCCUCUGUUGGUUAAAGAUCCUAAAGAGUAUACCUACAUAAUUAACUUUGAUCCGUAUAUUCAUGAAGUCCUCAAGGAAGCAGAUUAUAUGUCAAGACUGGGUCUCGAAGUGCCGGAAUUUAUCAAAAUCAUCUCGUUCUGCAAAGAUAAAAUAUAUUCAUCAUAUGAGAUUGUCAAGAAACUUGUACAAGAGAAUGAUUAUGUCAAAAGUUCUAUUCCCGAGUUGUUUCUAAAAUUAAUGCGUCCAGCAUUUGUGAAAAUGGACAUUGCAUUUCGACCAUGUCUAUCAGUUAUCACAUGGACAUCUCUGAAGAUUCCAGAAGUAUGUAGUGAAAUCAAUCGCAUUGUUCAAGAUGUAGAAAUAUUUACGAAGAAACUAGUGGAUACAAAAGAAGCAAGAGUUGAAGAAGUAUUUAAUACUAUAGCUGGAACUCAAUUAAUUUAUUUUCCUGAUCAACCGUUGAGUCCAGCACAAUUUAUUUCUGAAAACUACGAUAUUGGUCGUGAUAUAGCAAAAGAAUUGGAAACCAAAUCUGCUGGAGCUGAGAAUGCUGUUAUUGGUAUAAUUGAUAAAUGUUUAAGUCUUAUAACAGAUCCGGAAGUAGAAGAAGAUAAGUACCGUUGGCUCGAUUCCGAUCGAGUAAUAAGACAAAUUGGUUCUCAGGCAAGAUUAACAAGGGGAACAUUGGAUGUUGGAUAUAAAAGUACUGAUGAGUCAGCCAAAGUUAAUUUAACUCGUAUUCACCGUGAUUGUAUGGAAGUUUUUACUUAUUUUAACAAUAAACUAGUUGAAGCACUUGUUAAAUGUACUAAACGUUCACUGGAGAUGUUGAAGAAAAGAAUUGGUACCCUAGAUGAUAGUACUAAAGGACGACAAACGCCCUUGCUGCUGACUCACUUCAUACUGCAAAUACCUAAUAUUAUAUUGUCACCUAGUAUUGAGGAACUUAAUAACCAUGUGAAGACAGUUGUAAAAAAUUUAAUCCAGAUACAUGAUGGUAUUAUAAUGUGGGGACAAAGACACUCACAACGAAAAAAAGUCACUAAAAUUGGUGUCGAGAAAACUGGUGAUCAAGAUAAUAUGGAAACUUAUUACCAGGCAAUUGUGGAACACAAAAAAAUUGUUCGAAUCACCAUGAGCUUUCAAGCAGCAAUCCUUGUAUUACGAGAUGAUAUUAAUCAUCUGAGACAAAUUUACAUGAAAAAAUAUUGUCAUGUUUGGGCAGAAGAUAGAGAAUCUCAGAUCGAGCAGUUCAUUAAUAAAGAUCCAAACCCUGAUGAAAUAAGAGAAAGAUUUGUUUUCUACGAAAAUUUAGUUACCGAGAUAAAAAACCUUCCAGUUUAUCAUAUUAUUGGUCCCGUUGAAAUCAAUAUUGAUAAAUUGAAAACGGGUUUAUUAAUAGAAGCAAUGAGUUGGAAAACAACCUUUGGUAAAGUUCUGAGCAAAAUGUACGAAGAAAAACUUACAUAUAUGCAAAAUUAUAUUUAUGAAAGAAACAAGGUACUAGGAAGAUCGAUAAAUGAUUUGGAAGAUGUUCGUCUAGCCAUGAAAUGUUUAGAUCAGAUAAGGGAAGAUUAUAUAUUCUUAGACACAAAUUUGAUGAUGAUUGAAGAAACUUACACUCUGAUGGCGAAAUUUAAUAUUCCAAUACAGCAAGAAGAUCAAAACAUCGUUGAUAGUUUACGAUACAACUUUGGCAACAUGUUACAAAAUGCCAAAGAAGUUCAGCAAAAAAUAUGUGAGAUGCAAGAACCAUUGAAGAAGGAAUUGAUCGAUGGUGUAAUGGUUUUGAAAAAAGAUGUAGAAAUUUUCGAUGAUGAUUUUAAACAUCACGGACCUAAAGAAGAAGGAAUUCCAGCUAAAGAAGCUAGUGAACGACUUAUCCUAGCUCAGGCACGUUGUGAUGAAUUAUGGGAACGUUACCAGACUUACAGCAGUGGAGAAGCUCUUUUUGGUUUACCACUUACAGAGUAUCCAGCUCUGCAUGAGCGAAAACAAGAGAUAAAUUUGCUGCAAAAAUUAUAUGGACUUUAUUUACAAGUUAUGCGUACUAUUGAUGGAUACUACGAAAUUCCUUGGUCUGAGAUUGACAUUGAAAAAAUUAUUGCUGAACUUGCUGAUCUCAGAGAUAAAUGUAGAAGAUUACCAAAAGGAAUGCAAGAUUGGCCAGCCUAUAUUGAUUUAAAAAAGAAAAUUGAUGAUUUUAAUGAAACUUGUCCAUUACUUGAGCUGAUGGCCAAUAAAGCAAUGAAAGAUCGUCAUUGGGAGAGAAUGUCCAAGCUUUGUGACUACGUGUUCGAUGUUGAAUCGGAAAAUUUUACGCUGGCGAACGUUAUGCAAGCUCCAUUAUUAAAAUUUAAAGAUGAUGUUGAGGAUAUUUGUAUUAGUGCAGUAAAAGAGAUGGAAAUUGAGAGUAAACUUAAUCAAGUAAUUGCAGACUGGGCAAUUGUUGACUUGCAGUUUGCUAACUUUAAACAAAGAGGCGAAUUAAUGUUGAAAGGUAUCGAAACGAUGGAGAUAAUUAGUCAACUAGAGGAUAGUUUAAUGGUCAUUAGUUCCUUGAUGGCUAAUCGGUACAAUGCUUUCUUCAAAAAAGAUAUACAAAACUGGCAAAAUAAACUGAGUAAUACUUCAGAGAUUUUAGCUACGUGGUUGACUGUACAGAAUUUAUGGGCAUAUCUGGAAGCAGUUUUUAUUGGUGGAGAUAUUGCUAAACAGCUUCCUAAUGAAGCCAAGCGUUUUAAUAACAUUGAUAAAUCAUGGGUAAAAUUGAUGUAUCGAGCUCGAGAGACCAUGAACGCUGUAGAAACAUGUACCGGGGAUGAAACUAUGCAGCAAUUUUUACCACAUUUAUUGGAGCAGUUGGAAUCUUGUCAGAAGUCACUCAGCGGUUAUCUAGAAAUGAAACGUGUGAUUUUUCCAAGAUUUUGCUUUGUGUCUGAUCCAACUCUGUUGGAAAUUCUUGGACAAGCUGCUGACAUUCAUACUAUUAAUAAUUAUUUAGAUGGAUUUUUUGAUAACAUUGCAAAGCUGGAGUUUUCAGAGGCAGAUUAUGAUAAAAUAGUGGCAAUAUAUUCACGAGAAGACGAGAAAAUCGUCUUAGAGAAGGAAGUAACGUGUACAGGCGGUGUAGAGAAUUGGUUGAAUGUUCUUCUGAAAAUGCAUCAACAGUCUGUGGGCGGAGUUAUAUCACAGGGGCUUCAACGAUUGUUAACUCCAGAAACGAGUAUCUUGACUUUAAUAGAUGAUUCAAUUCUUCAGGUUGGUUUAUUGGCACUUCAAACUCUGUGGACUCGAGAUUCAGAAAUAGCGAUUGUUGGAUCAAGAAGUGAUAAAAUGAUAAUGAAGAAAACUAACCAGUGGUUUUUAGAUUUACUCAACGGACUCAUUGAAGUUACUGUAAAGGAUCUCAGCCAGUAUCAGAGGGCCAAGUACGAAGCACUGAUUACUAUUCAUGUUCAUCAAAGAGACAUUUUCGACGAACUGUGUCGAAUGAAGAUUAAACAUAUUUAUGACUUUGAAUGGCUCAAACAAGUGAGAUUCUAUUAUAAUGACGAAACAGAGGAUGUUUUGAUCAAAAUCACCGACGUCACGUUCACAUACCAAAACGAGUUUCUAGGUUGCACUGAUAGACUUGUCAUCACUCCACUCACGGAUAGAUGUUAUAUAACACUAGCACAAGCUGUCUGGAUGAAUUUUGGAGGAGCACCAGCUGGACCGGCAGGAACUGGAAAAACAGAAACAACAAAAGACAUGGGAAAAGCUCUUGGGAAAUAUGUCAUUGUAUUCAACUGUUCUGAUCAAAUGGAUUUCCGUGGACUUGGACGAAUAUUUAAGGGCUUGGCUCAAUCAGGCGCUUGGGGAUGCUUUGAUGAGUUCAAUCGGAUCGAACUGCCAGUUCUGUCUGUAGCAGCUCAACAAAUAGCUAUUGUUCUCACCGCACGGAAAGAAAAGCGAACUAAUUUUCUUUUUAGCGAUGGCGAAACAUAUUCUAUCGAUUAUGAGUUUGGUAUUUUUAUCACGAUGAAUCCAGGCUAUGCUGGUCGACAAGAAUUACCAGAGAAUUUGAAAACCCAAUUUCGCAGUGUUGCCAUGAUGGUUCCAGAUAGACAAAUCAUAAUAAGAGUGAAGCUAGCAGCCUGUGGAUUUAAAGAGAAUAUUGUACUCUCAAGGAAAUUCUUCACUUUGUAUUCUCUUUGUGAAGAGCAAUUGAGUAAACAAGUACACUAUGACUUUGGACUCAGAAAUAUAUUAUCUUGUUUAAGAACACUCGGCGCUCAAAAAAGAGCUCAUCCUGGUGAAUCAGAAGAAACUACUCUCAUGAGAGUUCUUCGAGCAAUGAAUUUAUCAAAAUUAGUUGACGAAGAUGAACCAUUGUUUCUGUCGCUUAUAUCAGAUAUGUUCCCAGGUGUUAAAUUAACAACUCAAACAUAUAAAGAAUUACAACAGGGAAUAGCAAAAGCUACGGAUGAACUGGGAAUAAUAAAUCCUCCAGAGUGGAAUUUAAAAGUCAUUCAGUUGUACGAGACAUCUUUAGUACGUCAUGGUUUGAUGGUAUUGGGACCAACAGGCUCAGGGAAAACUCGAUGUAUGUGGACUUUGAUGAAAACUUUAACGGAAAUGGGAAUACCUCAUAAGGAAGUUCGAAUGAAUCCAAAAGCUAUCACAGCUCCUCAAAUGUUUGGCAGACUGGAUGCUGCAACAAACGACUGGACUGACGGAAUAUUUUCAACUCUUUGGAGAAGAUCAACACAAAUAAAGAAAAGCGAAAACUUGUGGAUUGUUCUUGAUGGUCCUGUGGAUGCCGUUUGGAUUGAAAAUCUCAAUUCUGUGCUUGAUGAUAAUAAAACUUUAACUUUAGCAAAUGGUGACCGCAUUAUAAUGGCACCCAAUAGUAAACUUGUUUUCGAGCCCGACAAUGUUGACAAUGCUUCUCCGGCGACGGUGUCACGCAUGGGAAUGGUCUUUAUCAGCGCCUCAGUGUUAAAAUGGUCCCCAAUACUAGAGGGUUGGCUGAAGACCAGAGCUACUCAGCAGGCUGAAAUUCUGCGGGAAUUUUUUGAUAAAAUUUAUGAGGAUGCUCAUAACUUUGUUCAAACAAAGCUUGUUAACAAGAUGAAGCUUCUAGAAGCUAUUUACAUCAGACAGUGCAUUGAUUUAUUAGAUGGACUCUUAGCAAGAACUUCCGUUUCCUCUGACCUCGAGAAAUUAUUCCUCUUCUCUCUUAUGUGGAGCCUCGGUGCUGUGCUUGAAUUAGAUGGAAGAAGUGCUCUUGAAGAAUUUUUUUUAACCCAUCCAUCCAAACUAAAUUGGCCUAAACCUGUGGAUGAUGAAACGAUUUUUGAGUAUCUUGUCUCAGAGGAAGGAAAAUGGAUACACUGGAACCAGAUGGUACCUAAAUUCGAAUACCCAACUGAUCAUGUGUUAGAUUACUAUACCAUAUUGGUUCCAAAUGUGGAUAAUACGAGAACUCUAUUCCUGAUGGAUAUCAUUGCUCAGCAAAGCAAGGCAGUAUUACUUAUUGGCGAACAAGGAACAGCGAAGACAGUUAUGCUUAAAAGUUUUAUGUCGAAAUACGAUCCAGAAUUUCACUUGAGUAAAUCUUUCAACUUCUCAUCCGCAUCAACUCCUAAUAUGGUUCAACGAGUAUUCGAAAGUUAUGUAGAGAAACGAGUAGGAACUACUUAUGGACCACCGGGUGGCAAAAAGAUGACUGUGUUUAUCGAUGAUAUUAAUAUGCCGGAUAUCAACGAAUGGGGUGAUCAAAUCACUAAUGAAAUAGUUCGACAACUGAUGGAAUAUGGAGGAUUCUAUUCCUUGGAUAAACCUGGAGAUUUUAAUUAUAUUCAAGACAUUCAACUUCUUGCUGCAAUGAUCCAUCCUGGUGGAGGAAGAAAUGACAUUCCUGCUCGACUCAAGCGACAGUUUAACAUUUUUAAUUGCACUCUUCCAUCAAAUAAAUCCAUGGAUACGAUAUUUCGAUCGAUUGGUGAAGGAUAUUUCUGUGACAGUAGAUUUCCUAAAGAGAUCGUUCAAUUCUUACCGAAAUUGAUUCCUUUAACUCGAGUGCUUUGGCAACGAACAAAGAGCAAAAUGUUACCCACUCCAGCCAAGUUUCAUUACGUAUUCAACUUGCGGGAUUUGUCUCGCAUUUGGGAGGGAAUUCUUCGGAUUGGGAAAGAUGAAUGUACCACUCCUAAUACUUUGUUAAAAUUAUGGAGCCAUGAGUGUACUCGUGUUAUUUCCGACAGAUUCACCGAUUCUGAAGAUAAAACAUGGUUUACAAAUACAAUGCAUCAAACAGCUGAAGAACUUUUAAAAAGAGAUUUUCAAUACUACCACUCAACGGAGACGUACUUUGUCAACUUUUUGCGAGAAGCACCAGAGCCAACAGGAUUUGAACCGGAAGAUUUCGUUUUUGAUGCUCCAAAGAUUUACGAAGAGAUUCCAAAUUUUGAAACAGUAAUAGGAAAAGUUCAACAAUACAUGGAACAAUUCAACGAACUAAUUAGAGGAAUGCAUUUAGACUUGGUAUUUUUCCAUGAUGCAUUAGUCCACUUAAUGAAGAUAUCCAGAAUUCUAGGAGUACCACGAGGUCAUGCAAUGCUAGUUGGAGUUGGUGGAUCAGGAAAGCAGAGUUUAACAAGACUUGCAUCUUUUAUAGCAGGCUAUAAAUUUUUUCAAAUAGUCCUCACAAGAGCUUACAAUAUCGGAAGUUUAUUGGAAGAUAUUAAAAGACUCUAUUAUGAAACUGGAAUGGGAAACAAAGGUCUUACUUUUAUCUUCACUGACAAUGACAUAAAGGAUGAAGGCUUUCUUGAGUAUCUAAACAAUGUUUUGAGUGUUGGAGAGGUUGCGAAUCUCUUUCCAAAGGAUGAAUUGGAUGAGAUUUUAACAAAUCUCAUUCCUGUGAUGAAAGCAGAAGAUCCAAAAAGACCACCUACUCAAGAAAAUCUCUAUAGUUACUUUAUAUCACGAGCAAGAAAUAACCUUCAUAUAGUUUUAUGCUUCUCUCCAGUAGGCGAAAAAUUCCGCUCGAGAUCAUUAAAGUUUCCUGCAUUAAUCUCUGGAUGUACAAUGAAUUGGUUUGCCAGAUGGCCAAGAGAUGCUUUGUGUGCGGUUAGUGAACAUUUCUUGCAAAAGUUUGGUGUCGUAUGUUCUGAAGAAAUCAAGCAGGAGCUUAUUAACGCCAUGGGAGAAAUUCAAGAUGGAGUGAAUGAUACUUGUAAUGAAUACUUUGAUAGAUUUCGCCGGCGUACUUAUGUAACACCCAAGUCUUUUCUUUCCUUUAUUGAUGGUUAUAAACAAAUUUACAAGCAACACCUGGACGAAAUCAAUACUCUUGCAUUUCGAAUGAGUAACGGUUUAAGUAAACUUGUAGACGCCGCAGCUCAAGUAGACGAGUUGAGGAAAGUUUUAGAGAAAAACCAAGAAGAAAUUGCAGUGAAGAAUGUUCAAGUAGAAAAGAUUCUUGUAACAGUGAAUGAAAAAAAAAGCGAUGCCGAAGCUGUGAAAGAUAAAGUACAAAAGUCAAAAGACGAAGCAGAAGCUUUAUUGCAAAUAAUUUCUGAAGAAAAAGCUAUUGCUGAAGAGAAACUUAAAGCUGCUGAGCCAGCAUUGUUAGAGGCUGAAGAAGCGCUUCAAACAAUAAAAUCAACUGAUAUUGCUACUGUUCGCAAGCUCGGAAAACCUCCAUAUCUUAUCACUCUUAUAAUGGAUUGCGUAAUAAUUCUCUUUGGUCGUAAAUUAGAUCCCGUCAAACCGGAUUUAGAACGUCAAUUCUUGAUACCAUCGUGGUCAGAAGCGUUAAAAGUCAUGGCAGAUGUUAGAUUUUUAUAUCAUUUACGUGAUUUUCAAAAAGAUAAUAUUAACGCUGAAACCGUUGAUCUUAUGAGACCAUAUUUGGAUUAUCAUUUGUAUAAUUAUGAAGCUGCUAAACAAGCUUGUGGCAAUGUCGCUGGUCUUUUGCAAUGGACAAUUGCCAUGACGAAGUUCUAUCAAGUCAACAAAGACGUGCUGCCGCUUAAAGCCAAUUUAGUUGUUCAACAGAACAAGCACGACAGAGCCAAUAAGAAUUUAAUGGAUGCACAGGAGGUAUUGAGAGCUAAGGAUGAAGAUUUGCAAGUAAUCCAAAAGGAAUUUGAUGGUGUGAUGGCUGAGCGUCAGAAAAUCGUAGAUCAAGCUGAAGCAUGUCAAGCGAAAAUGGAUACUGCGACAGCAUUGAUUGAAGGAUUGUCAGGAGAGAGAAUUAGAUGGACAAAUCAACUAGCCACGUUUAAAUCCGAAACUGAACGACUUGUUGGAGAUGUUUUAAUUUUAACUGGCUUUCUCUCCUAUUGUGGUCCUUUCAAUCAAGAGUUUAGAGUAUUACUUCAAAGGCGAUGGUUGAAUCUUUUGCAUGCCAAGAAAAUUCCUGUGUCUUCGAAAGUUAAUGUUGUCGACUCUUUAUCAGACACCGCAACGACUGGUGAAUGGAAUUUGCAAGGACUUCCUAAUGAUGAAUUGUCUAUUCAAAAUGGUAUUAUUGUCACAAAAGCAACAAGAUACCCUCUUCUGAUCGACCCACAGCUACAAGGAAAAGCAUGGAUUAAGAACAAAGAAAAGGAAUUUAAUUUACAAACAACCUAUCUUAGUCACAAGUACUUCAGAAAUCAUUUAGAAGACAGUAUUUCCAUCGGUCGUCCUUUAUUAAUUGAAGAUGUUGCGGAAGAAUUAGAUCCUGUGUUGGAUAAUUUGUUGGAGAAGAAUUUCAUAAAAAUAGGCACAUCGUGGAAAGUUAGAUUAGGAGAUAAAGAAAUUGAUGUUCAUCCAGAUUUUCGUCUAUAUAUAACAACUAAAUUACCAAAUCCAGCUUAUACUCCGGAAAUUUUUGCAAAAACUUCUAUUAUCGAUUUUACAGUUACAAUGAAAGGUUUGGAGGAUCAACUUUUAGGAAGAGUAAUAUUAACCGAAAAACGUGAAUUAGAGACAGAGAGGACGCAAUUAAUCACGGAUGUCACGAUGAACAAGAGGAAGAUUAAAGACUUAGAAGCAAACCUCUUACGCAAGUUAACCACAGUGCAAGGUUCGUUAAUCGAAGAUGUUGAGUUGAUGUCAGUUCUUAAUACAACAAGAAAAACUGCUGCUGAUGUGACACGGAAACUUGACAUUGCACGAAAUACAGAGGUAGAAAUAAAUGCUGCUCGAGAGGAAUUUCGACCGGUAGCAGCAAGAGGAAGUGUACUUUACUUCUUGAUAUGUGACAUGGCACACGUGAACUGCAUGUACCAGACGUCUCUGGUGCAAUUUUUAGAACGUUUCGAUCUCUCUCUUGCACGGUCUGAAAAAAGUCCUGUUACUUCGCGGCGAAUUAAUUUUAUUAUUGAAUAUUUAACUUAUGAAAUAUUUAAAUACAAAGCACGAGGAUUAUAUGAAAAUCAUAAAUACAUGUUUAUUUUGCUGAUGGCAUUAAAAAUUGACCUACAACGUGGAUCAAUAUCACAUGAAGAGUUUCAAUAUUUCAUCAAAGGCGGUGCUGCACUAGACCUUAACGCUGUUCAGCCAAAAUCAUGCAAAUGGAUCACUGAUAUGACAUGGCUUAAUCUAGUUGCAUUAUCGUCGUUACGUCAAUUUCAAUACAUCAUAUCUCUUGUUGAAGCAUCAGAAAAAGUUUGGAAAAAUUGGUAUGAUAAAGAGGCACCAGAAGAAGAAGUUAUACCUGAUGGGUUUAAUAAUUUGGAUACAUUUCAUCGUCUAUUAAUGAUUCGAGCUUGGUGUCCGGAUAGAACGCUUUCCCAGUCUCGAAAGUAUAUUGCUGAUUCUCUGGGUGCAAAAUAUGCAGAGCCUGUAAUAACGCUUUUAGAUAUAAUGCUCGCUGAGUCUAGACCAAACACGCCUAUGAUCUGCUUCCUUAGUAUGGGAUCAGAUCCCACACCGAGUAUACAUCAAUUAGCGAGAAAAUUGGAAAUACCUUGUCGAAGUAUCUCCAUGGGACAAGGACAAGAAAUACAUGCCCGAAGAUUAUUGAACAGAGCAAAAAUUGAAGGAAUUUGGGUUUUACUUCAAAAUUGUCAUCUAGGGCUGGACUACAUGAAUGAAUUAGUUGAUUUCAUACUAGAAAUGGAAACGCCCAAUUCGAAUUUUCGUAUUUGGAUUACAACUGAGCCACAUCAAAAUUUUCCGAUUUCUCUGCUUCAAAUGUCUAUUAAAUUUACAUACGAGCCGCCCCAAGGUAUACGGGCAGGCUUGUUAGCGACGUACAGUGGUAUGAAUCAAGAUAUGUUGGACCAGUGUGACGCAGCACAAUAUAUACCGCUCGUUUAUACUAUUUCGUUCUUGCACACUAUCGUACAAGAGCGAAGAAAAUUCGGUCCUCUUGGUUGGAAUAUUCCUUACGAAUUCAAUUCAGCCGAUUGGCUUGCCUCUUGUUUGUUCAUAAAUAACCAUUUAAAUGACUAUGACCCCAAACGUGGGAUAAGUUGGCAAACAGUUAGAUAUAUGAUUGGAGAAGUUCAAUAUGGAGGAAGAGUAACUGAUGAUUAUGACAAACGUCUUCUUAAUACUUUUACAAAAGUCUGGUUUUCAGAGGCAUUAUUUUCCAAAGAAUUCUUUUUCUACACCGGAUAUCAUGUGUUAAGUUUCAAACAAGUCACGGAAUAUUUGGCAGCAUUUGAAGAAAUGCCGUCUAUUGAUCCACCUCAGGUUUACGGACUUCAUAGAAAUGCUGACAUAACAUAUCAAAGUAGAACAACGCAAGAUAUAUUGGACACAAUAAUAUCAGUACAACCAAAAGAGUCGUCUUCAGUUGGAUCUGGAGAAACAAGAGAAGUAAUUGUUAUGAGACAAGCAAAAGAGAUGUUAGAAAAACUGCCACUUUCUUAUGACCCAUUUGAAGUAAAAUCUCGUUUGCAAGCUAUGGGUAUUACACAAUCAAUGAAUAUAUUUCUUAAGCAAGAAAUUGAUCGUAUGCAAGUAGUUAUUGAACUUGUACGUUCUAUGCUAACGGAUUUACUUCUUGCGAUAGAAGGAAUUAUAAUAAUGAAUGAGCAAUUAAAAGACGCUUUAGACAACAUUUACGACGCAAGAAUUCCUAAAGUUUGGCGUCAGCGUUCCUGGGAAUCGUCUACUUUAGGUUUUUGGUUUACCGAAUUACUCCAAAGGAAUCAACAAUUUUCAAACUGGAUUUUUCGAGGUCGUCCACAUAAAUUUUGGAUGACUGGAUUCUUUAAUCCGCAAGGAUUCCUAACUGCGAUGCGGCAAGAAGUCACUCGAUCUCACAAAGGGUGGGCUCUUGACAAUGUAACUCUUCACAAUGAAGUCACUAAGUACAUGUUUGAAGAAGUGAGAAAUUCACCUGCUGAAGGAGUUUAUGUAUACGGAUUAUAUUUGGAAGGUGCUGGAUGGGAUCGAAAGAAUAACAGAUUACGUGAAUCUUCUAAAAAAGUUCUCUACGUCAACAUGCCAGUCAUCCACAUAUUUGCAUUGUACAAUAAAUCGGGAAAGGAUCCAAAGCUUUACCGGUGUCCGGUGUACAAAAAGCCCAAGAGAACGUAUGUGUUACUGGUGACCCCAUUGUGGCUUCAAACAAUCAAACCACCGGAAUAUUGGAUCCUUCGUGGUGUUGCGCUACUCUGUGAUAACAAAUAACCGUCAUGUAUGAAAUCAUAAUGAUUAAAAUUUUUA